GAACAGUUUGAACAAAUGUCAGCUAAUUAACAUGCUGUCGAGGCAUCUAGAUCUGAUGGUUUCCCCCAUUUUAUUGCCAACAGGAUGUCCUACGAGUAUGCGAGGAUGUCCCUCGAUCCUCUAAGAAGGUCCCUCGAUACACCAAGCUUAACGUUUGGAAACGGCGACGAUGACCAAAUCCCCUCUCUUCAGGCGACCGCAGGCAAAUAUCUGCUUCUCCGGCUCUCAAAGUCUUAUGGUUGUUCUCCAACUCUGAAUGCAGCCUCGUCUCUUCCUCGCCUCCAAAUUUACAAAGACCUUAGGACGGUGAAGGUCAUGCGUUCAUCCCAGACUGUCUCAAACGAGUCACAGGCACAAGUCCUGGGCUCUGAGAGCUUCCUAACGGAGACGGGGCGACGCUACUGGGAGGUGGAUGUGAGCAAUUGUGGAAGGUGCUGUGUGGGAGUCGCAUACGAAACGAUGCCGCAUAACGGAGUUGGUAAGGAAUGUUGGCUGGGACAGAACUCCAUGUCCUGGUGUUUAGAAAAAGACGGCGACACAAUCAAAGUUCUGCAUGGGGGAGUGGAACUCUUUAAAAGAGAAAAGAGUUUGGGUUUUAACAAAGUCGGCAUUUUUCUGGAUUGUAAGGCGAGACUCCUGUCAUUUUACUGCCUUGGCACCAGGGAGCUCUUGCACUCAUUUCGCCACCACUUUUCCCGACCUCUUGUGCCAGCUUUUGGGUUGUGGUAUUCGGAGUCUAAUAAUAAUUAUCUGUCAAUCGUUGAGCUCAAGUGAUAGCUCAUCUCACACUCUGCUCCGUGCCAUCGCAAUCGUCACACACGACAGGAAUCUCGUACAUCAUACGACGAUGGCACGGGAUCACGCGGAGUCAUACGAGCAGACUACACACACACACACACGCAGGACUUCAUUCACAUCUCUCUAGAUCAGGGGUCGGUAAUCUGACUCCAGAGCCGGAUGCUUCGUGACGUUAUUCAUUAAGGACCACCAUCUCGUAUUCACCACGUGGAUUGCGGGCUCUUGAAAUUCCGAUUUCGAAGAAAAAUGCCACUUCUCGUUAUUUUGUGUUGCCAGCCUCCCUGCUCUCGAUGAAGAUUCUUAAGAGAAAAAAUUACGAUAACAGGGGUUUCCCCUUUCUGGCAAAUAAAACAGUUCUGUUAAGAUGGUAAGACACCAAAAUCAAACCUUUUCAAGGAAUCAUGUCUGCAUUAACCACAUAUACUUGUGGUGAACAUGCAAAAAAACAUGCUCUGACACUAUUGAAACUGAUUGGUCCACACCAGAGACAGCUUUCUUUAGAGCCUAGUCUCAAACAGUGUUAGACCAGAGAAAGCCAAAAGGUGUUUUUCCCAUUGACUCCUGCGGUGAAAGCUGGGUUACGUUUCAGCCCCAAAAGUUUAUACUCUUGAACAAAUUUUUUUUUUUACGUGAGAAAUUAAAGUUUUUUUAUUUUAACAUAACGUUAUAAAACAUGAAAUGUAAAGCCUCACACGAAGAACCACAGUGCUUCCAAGUGCCUGUCCUCAGAGUCUGCAAUUAGCACCACCACCAACACCUCCCCAACCAAGGUUUUGAUGUAAAUAUUUCACAGGGACACUCAAUAAGGGGCCAUCCAUUUAGUACGUACGCAUGGAGGGGGAGUAACCCAAAUGCGUACGCUUGCGUAUGGGGUCUACUGACUACGUGCGUAUGCAUAGAAAAUGUUUGGGGGGGGGGGGGGUGAAGCAUCGAUUAUAAUUUGUCUACAUUGGCCUUCACAUGAGUUAGACAGUCCGGCGGUGGACUAUGUGUUUGCUCAAACACGUAAAAAUUAUAAAUCUUUGAUUGUUUCUGCGUGGAUUAAAUAUCGGCCUUU